UGACUUUGGUAGUGUGACACGCGCUCCGAAUCACUGAUUCGAAACGUUUAGCAAAUCUUUCUAAGCUUCACACGUGUGUUUCGAAAGCCCCUAUGAUCUAACACACACACACACACACACACACAUCAUGUCGAUCAGGUGGGGAAUCUGCAGCGCUGGAAGAAUCAGUCAUGACUUUACAGUGGCACUGAAGACUCUCUCGCCAGAACAACACCAGGUGGUGGCUGUGGGUGCGCGUGACCUGGCGCAUGCGCAGGAGUUUGCGCAGAAGCACGGCAUCCCUCGCGCUUACGGCAGCUAUGAAGAGCUGGCCAAAGAUCCCGAGAUCGAUGUGGUGUAUGUGGGCACGAUCCACCCUCAUCAUCUGUCGGUGGGCGUCCUCUUCAUGAACGCUAAGAAGAACGUCCUGUGUGAGAAACCGCUGGCCAUGAACCUGAGGGAAGUUCGGGAACUGAUCGCCUCCGCAAAGAAGAACGACGUCUUCCUCAUGGAGGCGGUGUGGACCCGCUUCUUCCCGGCCUCGGCUGAGAUCCGGCGGCUGCUGUCCCGGGACGAGCUGGGCGAGGUGAAGCUGGUGCGGGCAGAUUUCGGGGCGUCCCUCAUGCACGUGUCUCGGGCCGUGGAGAAGGAUCUGGGAGGAGGAGCUCUGAUCGACAUCGGCAUCUACUGUCUGCAGUUUGUGCUCAUGGUGUUCAACGGAGAGAAGCCGGAGCGCGUACAAGCAACCGGAUUCUGCCUGGACACGGGUGUAGAUGAAGCGAUGGUCGUCACACUGAUGUUCUCAGGACACAGGAUGGCCGUCUGUACCUGCACAAUCUCCACUGAUCUUCCAAACGAAGCCGUCAUCGUCGGGACCAAAGGCACCAUCAAGAUUCCAGCUCAUAUGUGGUGCCCGACGUCUCUGAUGGUGAACGGUGUGGAGACUCAGUAUCCGCUGCCUGAACCCGCUCUCCCGCUGAACUUCAUCAACAGCACCGGCAUGCGCUACGAGGCAGAAGAGGUCCGCCGCUGCCUGCUCCAAGGUCUGAAGGAGAGUUCCUGCAUGUCUCUCGCAGACUCGGCUCUGCUGAUGGAGAUCAUGGAUGAAGCCAGACGACAGGUGGGCGUGGUCUACAGCCAGGACAGCCAAUGAGCUGCCUCCACCAGCACUGCUCAUUAAAAUAGGUGCUUUUUUUCUUUUGUUCAACCCCAAAAUAAACUCGUACGUGUUUUACUGUU